UGAUCGCUUCUCGCGCCUGCCAUCGGGUGUCUGUGCCCCUGCCUGCCUUUCUCACUGCGCCUCUCGCGCUCUUGGCUUCACCCCGGCCCUGCCGCCUUAGGUCGCUGUGGAUUCUCAUCUCUCGUCCCCCGCAGUUAGUCUCGGCCGCCCAGCUGCCGCCAUGUCCGCGCAUCUGCAGUGGAUGGUCGUGCGGAACUGCUCCAGCUUCUUGAUCAAGAGGAAUAAGCAGACAUACAGCACCGAACCCAAUAACCUGAAGGCCCGCAACUCUUUUCGCUACAACGGGCUCAUUCACCGCAAGACUGUGGGCGUGGAGCCGGCGGCGGACGGCAAAGGGGUCGUGGUGGUCAUGAAGCGGAGAUCCGGCCAGCGAAAGCCGGCCACUUCUUAUGUGCGGACCACCAUCAACAAGAAUGCCCGGGCCACCCUCAGCAGCAUCCGGCACAUGAUCCGAAAGAACAAGUACCGCCCGGAUUUGCGUAUGGCUGCCAUCCGCAGAGCCAGCGCCAUCCUGCGCAGCCAGAAGCCUGUGAUGGUGAAGAGGAAGCGGACCCGCCCCACCAAGAGCUCCUGAGCAAUCUGUCCCCUUCCCUAAUGCAAUAAAGCUGUCAGCUGA